UAGCAACUAACUAGAUUAUGAGCUUCUGCUUGAAAAAAAAAUUCAUUAAUCUAGCUGAGUUAAAACUUGAUGCAGCAGGAGAUGAGCUGUGCUCAUUUGAAAUGGUGAAGGAACAGCUGGAAUUGUUUGUCCUAAUCAAAUAACAGAAAGACCACCUUGGCAUUUUUAGCUUUUGAUCCUGUGAAUGUUUAUACUCAUUACAAGCUCCUUGGAGUUUUGUAACCAAGUUAGUUUCCCCUGACUUAACUUUUAAAUAUCAUCCCAGAGUCAUUGUGAUGGUGCUAGGCUAUUAGUCAUAGGAUUAAUUAAAAUGUUUGACAAGGUAUCUUAUAUUAUCCUUUUACUACAUUUUAUUGACUCUCAGCAAGUGUUACCAAAAUGUUAGAAGAUGUUUGUAACAGACUGAAAUCUUGGUCUUUUUGGGCACAUUUUAAUUAUCUUUCAAAAGCCUAUGAACAGUAUAGUCUCAAGAUAGUCAUCUGAUUCCCAAGACAAUGGCAACAGAAAAAUAUUAGUGAAUUUGAGAACUUGAAAAGGUAUCUGAUUCAGUCCCACAAGGGAUGGCAGGUCCUAGAAAAAGCAAAGCUAGGUAGAAUAGAGGAAGCAGUCAUGGUUUGGGAAAUUCAUGUAAUUUAGAAAGAUCUAUAAAUCAUGUAUAAAUGAAUGCCUCUUUUUAAGUCAACAGGUCAGAAGAAGAAAGAGAAAUUUAUUUAAAAAUUCCAAUUAGCAGCCUUAGUCCUUUGAUGUAAGCAUCCCAGCCUUGCACGUUGAUGGCCAAUGGAACAGUCUUCAUGCCAUCCUUAUUGACAUUGAUUGGGAUACCUGGCCUGGAGUCUGUGCAGUGCUGGAUUGGGAUUCCAUUUUGUGGUAUAUAUAUCAUUGCCCUUAUUGGGAAUUAUAUGCUCCUGGUGAUCAUUCAAUCUGAGCGUAGACUCCACAAGCCCAUGUACCUUUUUCUGGCCAUGUUGGGAAUCACUGACAUUGCCCUUAGCACAUGCAUCCUUCCCAAAAUGUUAUGUGUCUUUUGGUUUCAUUUGCAGGAGAUCCAGUUCGAUGUGUGUUUAUUACAGAUGUGGCUUAUCCACACAUUCCAGGGCAUAGAGUCAGGCAUCCUCUUGGCCAUGGCUAUGGACCGCUAUGUAGCCAUCUGUGACCCACUGAGGCAUGGUACCAUCUUUACCUCACAACUCCUCACUCAGAUAGGGGUUGGGGUCACCCUAAGAGCAGGUAUCCUCAUGGCCCCAUGCCUCUUGCUCAUCAAAUGUCGACUAAAAUAUUACCGAACCACUGUCAUCUCCCACUCCUACUGUGAGCACAUGGCUGUUGUGAAGCUGGCUGCUGAGGACAUACAAGUCAACAAGGCUUAUGGUCUAUUUGUGGCCUUCUCUAUCCUGGGAUUUGAUGUCAUCUUGAUCCUAUUGUCCUAUGUUCGGAUCUUUAUUGCCGUCUUCCAUCUCCCCCAGAAGGAGGCUCGGCUCAAGGCCUUCAACACGUGUAUUGCCCAUAUUUUUGUCUUUUUGGAAUUCUACAUUCUUGCCUUCUUCUCUUUUUUCACUCACAGAUUUGGGUUCCCCAUCCCCCCCUAUGUUCACAUACUUCUUUCCAACCUCUAUCUGUUAGUUCCACCUCUUCUUAACCCCAUUGUAUAUGGGAUAAAGACUAAGGAGAUCAGGGAUCAGGUGAUCAAGCUAGUCAUUUUCAAGAACCAAGCCUAAUCCUUUGUCUCUCAAAUAUAAUGUAAGACAUCAUGAAGAGAUAGCUAUAGCAUGUUGAAAGUCUGUUCCUUUCUCAGGUAUACAGAUCUUGAGAUAUAUUACUUUGGGGGCUAUUGUCCACUUUUCUAAUUAAGAGCAAAGAGCACAGUGACAAUCAUGUGGCUGGGCUCUGACUACCCCAUGAAUAUUGAUGGUUCAAUGGAUAAACAGUUUAUCAAUGGAUACUGGAGACUUGGCUCAUUCAAAAGCAUUAUCACAGGUGUAGCCCUCCUCUAUAUUCCAAAUAAAGUCUCAAGCUCCUGGAAUUCCCCUCUAUGUGACUGAUGAGGAGAUGGAUAUAAAGAGUAUUUCUCAACCAGAAAUCUUGGACUCUUUAUGCCAAUAUCAUCUUCCAUGGUACCUACCAGAACUCAUGCAGUCCAAGCCUUUGUCUCACACAUAUCCUCAUCACAUUGGAAAGAGAUAUUUAGAGCUGAAAAUCCUUCACAAUCUGAGUCCUUCCUACAUUUUCUUCCUCAUGAAAUUUCCAUUCCAGUGAAAUGGAUCUAAUAAUUGUUUUCCAUAAAUUACAUUCCUUCUUCCCCCUCCAUGCCUUUAAACAAGUGGUCCUCCACACCCAGUAUGUACUUGUUCUUCACCUCAUCUCUCGGUUAUUCAUCUACCCACACCCCCUUUAAAACAUCACUCAGGGGGCAGCUGUGUGGCUCAGUGGAUUGAGAGUCAGCCCUAGAGAUGGGAGGUCCUAGGUUCAAAUCUGGCCUCAGACACUUCCCAGCUGUGUGACCCUGGGCAAGUCACUUGACCCCCAUUGCCUAGCCCUUACCACUCUUCUGCCUUGGAGUCAAUACAUAAGGCAGAAG